CCUAUAAGCACUGUCUGUGCGUACAUGUAGUAUCUUUAAGAAAGCUAAAUUCUGUGUUCCUCUCACUCAAUUGCAAGCCAAGAUGACUCAGAAUAAAGGAGAAAUACCAAACUAUGCGAGGUUUAUAAUGGGAGGAUUGGCAGGAAUGGGUGCAACUGUAUUCGUCCAACCACUAGAUCUUGUGAAAAACAGAAUGCAGAUGAGUGGUAUUGGGGGUGCAGCCAAGGAACACAGAAGUAGCAUUCACGCUGUUAUGUCAAUCCUACGAAAAGAGGGUUUCUUUGGAGUUUAUAAUGGGUUAUCAGCUGGACUGUUUCGACAAGCAACGUAUACUACCACAAGAUUAGGCGUCUAUACAACACUUUUAAACCACUUUAAAAAUGAAGAUGGAAGUCCACUAGAAUUCCACAAGAAAGCUGGUUUAGGAAUGACCUCUGGUGCUGUAGGUUCUUUCAUUGGUACYCCUGCUGAAAUCUCCUUGAUCAGAAUGACCUCAGAUGGAAGGUUACCCGUAGAACAGCGAAGGAACUACUCCAGUGUUUUUAAUGCUUUGUAUAGAAUUACAAAAGAGGAAGGAAUCUUGACUUUAUGGAGAGGAUGUGGACCAACAGUAGUUCGAGCUAUGGUAGUCAAUGCGGCACAACUUGCAACCUACUCACAAGCGAAGCAGUUUUUACUAUCUACAAAAUACUUUGAGGACAAUAUACUAUGUCAUUUUGGCGCAAGCAUGAUUAGUGGACUAGCAACAACUAUUGCUUCCAUGCCAAUUGACAUUGCGAAAACAAGAAUUCAGAAUAUGAAAAUUAUUGAUGGUAAACCAGAAUACAGAGGUGCAACUCAUGUUUUCCUCAGUGUUAUCCGUAAAGAAGGUCUGUUUGCUCUAUGGAAGGGAUUCACGCCAUAUUACUUCCGUCUUGGUCCCCACACUGUCCUCACGUUCAUCUUCUUGGAGCAGCUGAACAAAGCAGCAAACAACAUCUAUGGCAGCUCAUCUUCAACCAUGUAAAAACAGGACAAGAUGCUGUGGUCAUGUUUUCACUAAAAUAUUAUAAAACAUCUCUGUAGAAAAGAGUGCUUAUAAAAUAAUGGCAUGUAGUGURUGGCAAUCAACACACUCGAUCUUUUUCRGAUAAAAUUGAAGGUACAAUGCAUGUUUUAGGAUGUGUACAGGUUUUAGCAAUCAGUACUGCCAACAUGAAUGGCACUGUUCAUGGGAGUUGGUUAUCAUGGUAAAAAAUACAAGAAAAAACUAAAAAAUUUCUGUAGUACGACAAGGUACAAGUACUUAUGUUGUAUACAUUUAAUAGAAGAAAAGGAAACUGGCCUUGACAAUUUCGUGUGAAAUCCAGCUAAAAUUUCGAUUUCUUUACUUAUUCAUGAUUAAUAAUAAUAUGAUUGAACUUUUCAAGUCUUCAAAAACUUAAUAAUUUAUGAAAAUAGUUAUAGCUAAUUUUCUUGAAUCAUUUAUACCGCAAUAAUGAAACUUAUCAUAUAAUUAUUAUGCUGGGAAAAUAUUAUUAAAGGUACUUAUUAUUUCUUUA